GAGCAUGGCUGUGCUCCACCUGCACCUGUACCUGACGGCCUUGGGCUGCUGGGUGACACAGGUGUCCAGCUCCCUCCUGCUGCCCAACGCCACCGAGCUGCUGUCCCCGCCCGGGGGCUCGGCCGCGGGGCUGCUCUGGGCCGGGGCGGCGCCGCGGGGCCGGCGGAGGCGGCACCUCUCUGCCCACGACGUGAGCGCCAUCCUGGACUACCACAACCAAGUGCGGGCACAGGUGUCCCCCCCCGCUGCCAACAUGGAGUAUAUGGUGUGGGAUGAGCAGCUGGCCAGGGCAGCAGAGGCAUGGGCUGCGCGCUGCCUGUGGGACCAUGGCCCCCCCGAGCUGAUGAAGUAUGUGGGGCAGAACCUCUCCAUCCAAUCGGGCAGGUACCGCUCUGUCAUGGACAUGGUGAAAUCCUGGCACCAGGAGAAGCAGCACUACUCCUUCCCCCACCCCCGGGAGUGCAACCCCCGCUGCCCCUCCAAAUGCAGCGGCUCCGUCUGCAGCCACUACACGCAGAUGGUGUGGGCAACCUCCAGCCGCCUGGGCUGUGCCCUGGGCACCUGUGCCAAUGUGCACGUGUGGGGCAGCACGUGGCGCCACGCCAUCCUCCUCGUCUGCAACUACGCCAUCAAGGGCAACUGGCUGGGUGAAGCGCCCUACAAGGUGGGGCGGCCGUGCUCAGCCUGCCCCCCCUCCUACGGCGGGGGCUGCUCCAACAACAUGUGCUUCACCGGAGUCAAAUCCAACCAAGUCAGCUGGUUCUAG